AUGUCUUUCAAAUCGGCCUUUGGUCUCGAGUACAGAAUGUUUGGCGUGAGCACCGUGGCAAGGUUGUGGAUAUCCAUCUUGGACCCGUUCUCUUCAUCGAUCAAACAGAACGACGCAACCCAGUUGAAGAACGAAAAUAGCACCUCUGCAAGAUCUCUGUGCACCUUUGGCAGCAUGCAAUACGCAAGUUUCAGAAUCUGGUCCCGUUUGGCCACAUCGUCCGCAAACUUGUGA